AUGGAAUCUCAGGUUGUAGGAGAGGAAGGGCUUACAGAGGCUCAGGGGUCUAUUGAGGUCCUGAAUCGGGUUGAAAGAGGUUUGGCAGUGGACCUGGAUGCUGAGACCUAUCUGGUCAAACUACCCCCUUGGUUGGCCGAACGGGUAAGGGCCAGUGCAUCGGGUACGGAGAUAGGCAGGAGUGAUCCGAUCAAUGCGGAGGGAAAAUGCCGGUUUGCCGCAACUGGAUGUGCCCUACAGGGAAAGCCGUCCGAUUUCGAAAUUCGUGCCACUGGCUCGAAACCCGAAGGCUUGUACCUUCUGGGUUUCGCUGCGGAUGAUGGUGAGUUUGAUGAUGGUGAGGCUGACAUCAAAAGCGGCUCUGAGACUACCGUCCGUAAAGUGGUUGGUAAUAGGCAUAUGAUGCCGAUGCGAAUGGAUGCUAAAUACAAGGCACUUCUAAAGGAAAGAUUAGCAGCAUCGAACAAUGUAGACUUGAAACACAGGACGGAAGUCGAUACCCGAUCGGCUGACGAGUUAUUGGCCUCGCAGCAAGUCAAAAUGUUCCAGUACGCGGCUUUCCAAGGCGAGAUGGACGAUGACCGCAGCGAUGAUGGAUUUUAUAAUGAAGGGUCGAGUGCUAAGCGUAUGAGAGUGGGAGAUGCUCCGGUCGCUCGGCGGACACUAGGACUGGAUGCUACCACGCUGCCCUUACCCGAUCUUCUAAUGCGACUGCUGGUGGCGGAGGACACCGGCUGGACGCUGCAGCAGAUGGCCAAGCGGUUGAGGGAGGAGGGCCUCACUGUGAACCUCACUCAGCUGAGGCGACACCUGGUGGACCUUUGUGAUUAUCAGAGGAGAGUUGGAGAUAAUCAACCAAAGUAUUACCUCAAGGCUGAAUACAAGCACGUUGCGGCGUAAGGUGUAGUCAGAUCGAGCUUCGAGA